AUAGAAAUCUCGGGUUACACCCGAAUUCCUCCCUAAGCACGUAGCUUAGGACGUUGUUAUGCAACGUUUCAGGUCGUGAGCAGCAACAGUGACUGAGGCAGACACGGGACCCGGUGACAGCUAGACUUCCUGAUCAUUGACUAUGCCUCCACGACGUGCACGACCUGCGCCUAGACUCGGGGCAGCGGAAGCACCUAUCCCUAACCCCAUGCCAGAGGACUUUCGACAGUUCUGCGAGAGGAUGUGGCAACAGUAUCAGGGUCAGAUGCCACCUCCAGCAGCUGGAGCCAUACCUGCGGCUAGACCAGAGUAUGUUCCACCACCACCUCCACCAGGUCUGCCGGCGUUUCACGCACCAGUAGGCGUGGAUUACCUUGCACUGAUCAAGGAACUUCGGGCCAUGAACACCCCGAGGGUUGAGGGUUCUCAGAUUCCUGAAGUUGCUGAGGACUGGUUGGUGCGGAUCACACAUGACUUUGAUUAUCUACGGUGUCCACUACAGUAUCGAGCAGAGAUAGCGAGUCACCAUCUGUUUGGACAGGCUCGCCACUGGUGGGAUGGAGUUGUGCGAGAUACUAUUCCUGGACAUCAGUUCACGUGGGAUGAGUUUCGAGCUGAGUUCGAGGAGAAGUAUUACAAGCGACAUGAUCAGGAACAUCGUCUCGUGGAGUUCAUCAAUCUUCAGCAGGGUGACCGUUCUGUUGGUGACUAUGAGGCAGAAUUUACUAGGCUCCUACGAUAUGGAGCUAAUCUUGUUCCUACCGAAAGAUUGAAGAUUCAGAAGUUUGUUGCUGGUCUUCGCCCCUCUCUGCGAAGGAAGAUCGAGGUACUGGAGUAUCCUACCUUGAACCGAUACAUCUGCCAGCUCGAGAAGAUGGAGCGAGGCGAGCGUGAGGAGCUGCAGGAGGCCCGGAUCCGAGACCGAACCCCAACCAGAAGAUUCUUCAUUAGUCGACCUUCCACCAGUACUGGUCAGACUAGUGACUCCCGAGACAAGGGGAAAUUACCGGUGGUUCGGCCACCACCACCACAGUCAUCCCAGAGGAGGCCUUGUCCCCGAUGCAGGCGAGUCCACUUUGGACCAUGCAGUACUCCUCCGACAUGUUACCAGUGUGGACGAUCGGGACACAUUGCGACAUACUGCCCGGAAAAGGGGACUGCCCCGACGAACGCCAAACCUCUUCGCAUUCAGCCUUUACAGCAGUCUGGCGUUGCACCAAGAGUUUACGUGUUGGCGGCAGAGGCCGAUACCCAGGGCGAGGAGUACUACGUUGAAGAACCAACCGCUGAAGAUACU